AAAUUUAUUUUCAAAAAUAAAUGAAUUUUCUUUAAAAAAAAAAAAUUAUCUUUAAAAGUAGAAAGAAGAAGAAAAAAAAAAUUUUUUGAAUGCAUACUUCAACAAAUCCAUUUUUAAACGAUACAACACCAAUACCCUCAACCAAAACUUCCCCAAUAUCACCAACAAAAAUGUACCCAGCUAAUGCAUAUUUAAAUGAAAAACGUUCACCAUCACCAACAUUUGUUAAUAUUACAUCACCAUUUGAUUAUCCAACACCAACUAAAGCCCACCUUCCAGCAAUAAAUCAUCAUCCAACCUCUUUAAAAUUUGCAAAAACUAGAGAUUUAAUAUCAAAAUCAAAUCAAUCAUCACCCAUACCAAUAGAUCAAACUGAAUUAAUAUUUCCUGAUGACGCUUAUCGGAUAGAAUUUUGCAUGCCAUCAAAUCAUGUAAUUUGUAAAUGUCCUCCAACUUCAGCUGAUAUUCUAUUUCAUCAUCAACAACAACAGCAACAGCAGCAUCUUCAACAACAACAACAACAUAUACAACAUCAACCGCAUCAUCAGCACCAUCACAGUAGUAAUACAACAAAAUCUCGAAGGAAAACAAAAUCAAAAAAUGAGAUUAGCAAUCAUCAGCAUAGAUGGCGAACGAAAAAAUGUCCUGAAAUUCCCAUUACAAACUGUCAAGAAAUUAUUAAUGUUGAAAAUUAUUGUGCACCGACAAACCCUUCACAAACAACUUCAGCAGCAGCAAUGUUACAUCAUCAUUCGACAUCAAUGAGAAAUCAUCAUCAUCCACCACCGCCAGUUUAUGAUGUUUAUUCGUAUGCAUAUUUAGAGCCACCGCCACCGCAACCACCAACUAUGCAACAGCAACAACAAUUUAAAUCGCAAAAAUCAUCUAGUCCCGUUUCAUGUUUACCAGCAACACCAUCAACUUCAUAUGCACAUCAGCCGCCACCAUUAUAUGAUGGCCGAGGACCAUCAACAUCAUCUGGUUCAACUUCAUCGUCAACAUCACAGCAUGGUAAAACACCAUCUAGAAGUUCAAUAAAAGCUUUAUUAGCAAAAAGUUUUCGUUCACGAGCCAAUGGUUUUUCAAAUUCUAUAAUAAGAUCACGUUCAACAUCUGCUACAGCUGGUAAUAGUGCUGGCGUUACAAAUGGUGUUAAUUGCAAUGGAAACGGUUCAACAGAUCCAUUGGAUAAAUAUACAUACACGACACGUUAUGGUACCACAGAAAAUCUAUACGAAGAAGUUAAUGAAGAAAAAAUUCGUGAAAUUUUAUCGGCCGAUGGAAUUGAUUUACAAUCGCCAGGAGGUUCACCAGGUCAUACAGUAAUUACACCAUCGCCACCGAUUAGUUCAAAAGAAGAACAACGUCGUGUACAAAAUAAUCAUUUUCGAAUAUUAGAUGAAUUAAAUUUAUCAUUGGAAGCUUUAAUAAUGCCAACAACUCCACCCGAUAUAAGUCCAUCCGAAGAGAAUUGUAAUGAAACCGGUAAUGGUGGUUUAAGUGGUAGCAAAAGCGUAGAAAAUAUUUCAAGUACCUUAAAAUCAUUAGAUUUGAAAAGUCAUAAAAAUAAUGAUGUUGAUAGUGGUUAUAGUGUAAGUUCUGGCAGUAAUAUAACAUCAUUAUUUUAUAAAGAAAAUUUUAAAUUUGGUAAAAAAAUAAUGGCAAGUGCAAAACGUUCAGCAACAUUAUCAGCUAAAAAAUCAAAUAUGAAUCAAUCAAAAUGUUAUAAUGAACAUCCUGGAAUUGCUAUGACAUUAAUUAGUCCAUCGUCACCAUUUAAAUCAAUGAAAAAAUUCUUUGAUGCUGGACAAUUACAAAAAACAACAAUUGUUGAUGAUGAAAGUGGUAGCAGUGGUGGUGGAAUAGGUGGUGUAAGCAGUAAUAAAAUGAAAAAUAAAUUUUGGACAAUAAGACAAUGAAAAUUUACCAUGGAAUGGAAUUUUAUUUGAAUAGCCGAGAACGAAACGUUAUUUAACAUUAUUUUAAUUAUGAAAAUUUGAAAAAUUUGAAAAUUAUAAUUAUUUUUAAGAAUGGUUUAUCAAAAGAAAAAUUAAGGAAAAUAUGGAAGGUGUAUAAAAUCUUUAAAUUAAUAAUGUAUGUACAUAGCAUAUACGUAUAUUUCAAUUUAAAGAGAACGUGUUUUUUUUUCUAAAAAAAAAAGAAAGUUCAAUCUUUAAAAAUUCUGCUUGUAACUUAGCUGUGAUAUGUAAUAAUGUUU